GCAUUACAUUUAAUUGUCUGGAUGAUUAUUGGGAUUUUUUCGUCCGAGAAAACCAAUGCAUGUGACAGCCAUUUGGUAAAAAAUGUAACAGACGAUAAACUUACUGCAUCCAGUAUCUACAGCAAUGACUAUCCACCCUUUAAAGCCAGACUGUCUAAUGCAGAAGGAUGGAGUCCGAAGGAAUCCCAGCUAAAUCCCUGGAUACAGGUAGACUUUGGAAGAGGAAUGGUGAUAAUGGCGGUGCUGACAAAGGGAAUGGGCGGGUUUAGCGAAUGGGUGAAAAAAUACCAAGUCAGAUACAGCAAUACAGGUUCUACAUGGGCGGUAUUGCAAUAUGGCUCUACUAAUGAAUUUAAUGCAAAUACUGACUCAACAAGUUUGGUAAGGAAUAACCUUCCAUUCCAAGUAAUAUCUCGCUAUCUACGAAUCUACCCCACGGACUGUCAUGACUACUGCAGUCUACGGUUUGAUGUCGUUGGCUGUGAAGUGACGUCAUUGUCCACAACGAUGGCAUCAACGACCAUAAGUAGAACUACAGCAGGAGUGAAAACAACAAUCGAACCAUCAACAACUACGUCGACCGAUGCUAUGGCCACCACCUCGACAGCUAAAGGGACGACAUCGACACAAAUGCCUACAACGACAUCGGUACAUAUUUCUGCAACGACAGCUUCAAGUACAAUCGUGUCGACAUCUCCCUGUCCGUGUACAUGUGUCAAACAACAUAACUCUACCUUAACAGAAAAAGAACUCCGCGCCAGAUUAGCUGGUAUCGUGCAGAAUUUGACAAUUUCUAAGAAAACAACAUCUAUCUACAAGAGAAGUAAAAUUUCUGCGCAGGAUAACAGACCGCAAGUAAUGUAUGUAGGAUCUAUAGGAAUAGCUAUUUUGAUUAUAGUUAGUAGUUUAAUUGUUCUACCGGACUUGUUCAAAUUAUUUCAAUUUUUUCUAUGCUACACACAGUAA